AUGGGCUUCGGUUCCUUCGAUUCGAUCUGCAGACAAUCUGCGCUACCUCUUUGUUACAUCUUGGGCCCUCCCGCGGAAUUCACAACAGCCAAAAACCCUGUCCUGUUGCCAGGAUGCAGUGCGCGAUCCAUCGAACUAGGCAAUACAAUCAUUUUCCAAGCCGCGAGCGACUUCGCCCAUAUUGGGGCCUUGUUCAUGACCGCCAUUAUGAUCUUCCACGUUCGGUCUAAAUUCACAGCUGUAGGGAGGAAAGAGAUCUUGACAUUCUUUUACAUAUACAGCCUGUUGACCAUCAUCAGCCUGGUGCUGGACGCGGGCGUGAUCCAGGCAACAAGUGGGAGUGCAUAUCCUUGGUUCGUGGCGGUGCAGAACGGCCUGGUUAGUGCACUGUGCACGAGUCUGUUAAUCAACGGGUUCGUUGGGUUUCAGCUUUAUGAGGAUGGGACCACACUUUCGGUUUGGUUGCUACGACUCGGCAGUCUGAUCAUGUUCUUCAUCAGCUUCGCCGUCAGUCUCCUCACUUUCAAGGGCUGGGCUGGCUUGUCGCCAACGAACACGACAGGUCUUUUCAUCGUUGUGUAUAUCAUCAACGCCAUCUUCCUCGCGGUAUACUUUGUCAUGCAGGUCAUCCUUGUUGUGAACACUUUGCAGGACCGGUGGCCGUUAGGUGAUCUCGCCUUCGGAGCAUUUUUCUUCAUCGUUGGCCAGGUCAUCCUAUAUGUGUUUGGCAAGAGAAUCUGCGAAGGAGUCAGCCACUAUCUUGACGGCUUGUUCUUCGCCACAGUGUGCAAUUUAUUGGGAGUCAUGAUGGUGUACAAGUAUUGGGACAGCAUCACCAGGGAGGAUCUUGAGUUCAGCGUCGGCACAAAGCAAGGCCAUUGGGACGUCAAAGAAGCGCUCCUCGACCCUUCAACUGAAGAUUACCGAACCAGUUUUUAUGGAGUUGGAAAUGCUCCCACCGGGAGAGAGUCCGUCUACGAUGCCAGCAGCAUGAGCAUGGACUAUGCGCCUCAGGUGCCCGCUCACUUCCAUCAACAUCCGUCGGUUGGGCAGCAACAAUAUGGCAGCCAACAGUCUCACAGCCAGAGUCACCAAUACUCGUCGAGCCGAGAUCGGUUGUCGGCGUAUGGACAUUUGACUGAAGCAAGACAAAGCUAUGGCGAUCUAAGACGACAACUACCGAAUUAUGAGGAUUACUCGGAUUCGCAGACGCAGCGUUCAGGGUUGCGGAGUCGUGAAGGCGCGAGGGAAAGGGAAAGGGAGUACGCCUACUGA